GUCCGUACUCAUCGUCUCCUCAGUAAACACAUGGCGUGAAUUGUGUCUAAAAAUUUCACAGAUAAUUGUUAGAUAUUUUGAAUACCCCGAAAUAAAUUUGUCUUAAAAUGCAGAGUGACGACAUAACCUGGAGCAUCAUAAAUAAAACAUUUUGCUCUUUUAAAAUCCAAACAAAAAGCCAAAGGUUUUGUCGAAAUGAAUUCAACUUAACAGGGCUGUGUAGCCGGAGUGCCUGUCCUCUGGCCAACUCGCAGUAUGCUACAAUCAGGGAAGAAAAGGGCAUAAUUUAUUUAUAUAUGCGCACAGCUGAAAGGGCAUUUUUUCCAGCCAAACAAUGGGAAAAAGUCAAACUAUCUCGCAACUUUGUAAAGGCACUGCAACAGAUUGAUGAGAAUUUGGUCUUUUGGAAGAAGUACUUUCGUCAGAAAUGCCGUCAACGUCUCCUCAAGAUCACACAAUACCUGACUCGAAUGAGAAAAAUUAAACUAGGAAGACAGAAGAAGCUGAUUCCUAUAAAACGUAAAGUUGACUUACGCAUCAAACGACGUGAAGAGAAAGCCCUAGUUGCAGCCAGGAUUGAUAAUGCAAUUGAGAAACAACUUCUACAAAGACUUAAAGAUGGAACUUAUGAGCGUAUAUACAACUUCCCACAAGAAGCUUUUAGUGUACGAGUCGAUGGGAAGGAGGAAGAGAGCGACAUAGAAGAAGAAGAGUUGGACGACAAAGAGGAGGAAGUUGAGACUGAUGAAGAUGUUGUAGGAGAGCUGGAGAAGGAAGUUUUAGAAGAAGAAAGAAGAGAAGAGAUGGAUAGUGAUGAUGGUGAAGAGGAAGAUGAUACUGAUGAGGAACGGGAAUUUGUUGCAGACUUUGAAGAGAGUGAUGAAGAAGAUGAGGAUUUAGAGGAUGCAGCAAAUAGGAUGUCUUUAAGUUCAGAAGAGGAAGAGGAUGGUGACUCUGGUGAUAAUGAAAAUGAAGGAGAAAGUGAUCUUGAGAGAGAACAGACGAAGAUAUCUGAUUCGCCCAACAAAAAGGGAUCAUUGAAGCGGAGCAAACCACCACAAGUCAUAAAGCGACGUGGAAGAGCACGUUUAGAAGUGGAAUAUGAGGAGCCAGAAACAUCUACAAAAGUCAAGAUUACCUCUUAAAGAGGGCAGCAUGGAAUAAAAACAUGAUUAAAUUCAUACACCUUUUAUGGAAUGAAUGUAUUCAUACAAAGAUUAGCUCUUGAACUGUUAUUAUAGUAUACAGUACUUGUAAAACAUGAUAAUAAAUUCUAAGUAAUACUGCAAUUGAAA